GGGUCACGAGUCACUGAUCUCUCUUUCUUUAUUUCAGAGUUUCAAGCAGAUACUGCUACUGCAGUUUUUGUACACUGCCCCUAAAGCACCGAGCAACCUGAGCAGUUCAUAUAUUAGCGAUGAACCCCCGUGGAAUACGUGUCCGGAAGAGCACGACCCCAAAUAAAUAGCUGAAAUUCCAGGUUUGCAGUCACCUUUUUGCAGAUCCACUUUUUACCGGAAGAUGGCAGCAGCGAAAGAAGGAACUAGUCGACGAAGAAGUGAACCGCCAGGCUUCAAAGGCUUGAAUGUGUUGUAAACAGAAGUAGCUGAAGUGUUCAAUUUAUUAAGAUGGGGACGCCCUUCGACGAUUUGAGGAAUUCGGACCUCGGUUCUAUCUUGACGUCGUGCGAGCCGGAGUUGCAGGAGCUGAUGAGGCAGGUGGACAUCAUGAUGGAGGAGCAGCGGAAAGAGUGGCAGGGAGAGAAGCUGGUUUUGGAGGCUCGCCUGAGGAGCAUGGAGGAGGAGCUGCGUGCCUCCCGAGAGCUCAAUCAACGGAUGGAUGUGGAGAUUAAAUUGCUUCGACGGCAGACCGAAGAAGCUUCUGGUCGACUGGAUUUAGUUGAGAAAUACAAGCAACAACUGCAUGAUGUCAGCGCAGAGUUGGAAGAACUAAAGAGAAGUUAUCAGAAGCUUCAACAAAAACAGGCUAAAUAUGCUGCGAAAGGAGCCCAAGCCAGGGAGAUUUCCCAGCUCCACCAAAAGAUUGAGGAGUAUCAGCAGCUGUGCACCAGAUACAACAAGCAACAGAAAACAUUGGAAACUCAGAACAAGAGUCUGGUGGAAGAGCUUGAACGAGUUAACUUGCAGUUUGAAACGUAUCAGAAGGAGACCGAGCAGAAAUAUCUUGAGCGCUGUCCAGAGUUGCAGUGUCUGGAGGCUCAGCUGGAAAGCGCUCGGGAGCACCUUCACGUCCAAGAGCUGGAAUUGGAGCGUCUGAGAUGUCUUGAGGCUUUAUCUUUGGGGCAAGAGGGUGCUGAGGGAGCAGGUGACUAUCGGUGUGCAGCCAAGCCAGAGUCCAGCGAGGAGCUCCGAAGGCUGCGCCAAGAGAACAGCAACCUCCUCACCCAAUUGCAGGCUAAGGACGAAGUCAUUCGGACACUGGAGAUUAAUGUCAAAGCUAAUGGAAAGAUCUCCCUGAGUAACGUCCGAAAAGAACUAGAGAAUGCAAAAGCCACAAUUUUGUCUGCUCAGGCUUGUGAGAGAGAUAUGAAGGCUGAAGCCAAGCGCCUUAGAGACAAGUUGGAUCAGAUGCGCCUGCAGAUAGGCGAGCACGCCAAGACUGAAACACAGAUGACGGAAGUGAAUCAGCUGAGAGAGGAGCUGCAGGCAGCUCGGCAGGCACGCAUCGAAGAAGUGGAGCUCUUGAGGAGUCAGGUGUCCAAGCUGACUGCAGAGCUGUGCCAGCGUGACCUCACCAUUUCCUCACUGACCACUUCUUCGUCCUGUAUUGAGAAACAGCUUAUGUUGGAGAGGAAACGAUCAGAGCGCAAGAAAGCAAAGACGAAAGCAACUGAGCAACAGCUGGCGCUGAUCCGGAUGGUUUUACAGCUAGAUAUGGCACCAGGCUCCAACUCUAAGAGCUCACCUGAGGGCGCUGUCGGUGGAAUGAUCUCAACGUCUCUACAAAGGUCAGUGUCGCCUGCAAACUCGACGGUCGCCAGAUACCUGGAGCAAGAAAGUAUUCACGAAAGAGAACUGAUGCAGAGAAUUGACAGCUACAUCCAGGCCUUUAAAGAUGGCACCACCGAUAUAGCAGGAGAGCACCGGCCAGAGGAGCCAGGCCGUGGCUGAGCAUCAGUGACCAUGUGAGUGGAGGAUGACGCAACAGAACUUUGACCUGCUCAGCUUCAGGAAACAUUGAGAGUUAAUGACCAAAUGUUAAUGUUUUUGUUACAAAACACCAUCUGUGUCUUCUCAGAUGGGCUCUUCCAUCUACUUCAACUGCUGAAUGAAAUGAUAUCUCAGAUCUCUUUUGCUAUGUCCUCACUUUCUGCACAAGUGGUACAUGAACCCUUAGUCACGGUCGCUCGCAGUUUUCUUGUAUUGUCUCAGCAAAUUCUGCGCUGUCUGGAGUUUAACAGUUUUCAGCGGUGAUGGGAGCAAACUUAUUUCACAGUUCAGAAGGAAACCUUUUAAAUAUCAUCUUUCCUCAUAACAAAUGCUAUUUAAUGCCAUCGGUCUGAAAGAUUAUCCUUAUUUAAUAUAUGAUCAAAUAUGGAAUACGUAUGUUGUGUGCUAAUUAUUACAGCACUGAGGCUUAUUAUCUAGUCAUCAUUUACACUGUUUCACUGAUAUAUCCAAAUAACUAAAGCAAGAAUGAUCACAUUUUGCUUUAGUAGGUUCAAAUAAAAUGUUAUUUUUCUCUGCCUUGGUAAUUCCUUGUUCGUGUCCUGAUCUUUGGUGACAUAUUUUAGCAUUCUUUUCCUUCGUUUCUUCUCAGUUUUCGUCAGACAUUCCACCCUGCAUGCACUCUCUUCA